GUGGUGCUCUAUACAAGGUCGACGAACUUGCUAGAAUCUCGUCAGAUGGGAAAGCCGAUUUCCAACCGCUCAUCACAUCAACCGCAGUAUCUUCUGGAGGGAUCGCUCUGUCAAUCUUCAACGAAAUUUUUAUAUUUGAUGGAGAGCAAUCAAGUUUUGUGUCAACUGUUUCAUUCGAAAGCAAUGUCGACACGAUGGCAUGGUGUCCGGAUUCACAAUUCCUGGUCAUAUGCGAUAGUUCUGGAUCUAUCCAUUUUUUUUCUUUUGCCCUUGGAGAUGUAGUGUUCACCUCCACUCUAGUCGAGACACUAGAAGAGAGGCUGAAUUCAGAUUCUUAUUUUAGCCAUUCCAUGUUCACACGCAGUCAAGAAAGGGAUGGUGUAAAUCUUACGAUUUUGUCGCACGAUGGAUGUCUGUUCUCUUUCAAAGAUCUUCCCUUACGUGAAUUGUCCGGUGCACUUGAAUCAAAUGAUUUUGCUUCCAUCAGUAAAUUGAAAGAAAACAUCCAGAGAGAAAUUUUAAAAGUUUCAGAUGUGCAUCAUGACACCAGCUGUUGCGUUGAAUCGAAUGUCUCUUUAAAAGCGUCAGUGGUCGUCUCUGGGACAGGAAAUGUCGCACUCAGCAUAUGGACCGAUCAAAAUUUGGUGGAUGUAAUCGAGGCAACCUUUUUGGAUGGCAACGGUGUAAAAAAGUGUGAUGUAAGUCUUGAUGGUAAACAGCUGCUUAUCUUAGAUGAAGAAUCAAGGCUAUGCGUUUUGGACACGGAUGCGUUAAUAAUGAUGCCAGCUCCUUGUCAUCCAGUAAAGGACUUUGUUUUGACGAGUGGCGCGGCAACCAUUGAAGCUGGUACCAUAACAUCUGAUGCAGGACAAGUUGUAACGUUGACUGAAACUGAUGAUGGAAAAAGCAAAAUAAAGAUCUACCAGUUGCCUCAUUUUCAAGAAAUAUAUUCAAAAGAAGUAGCCAAGAGUUGUUCUCUUGCCAAGUCUAAUUUGCAGGAAAAGGUAUACUACACUGAAGAAUAUGUCAGCAGAGUUAGCAAUAACAAUAUCCAAGGUUUGGCAUUGAAAUGUCUAUCAGAAGCAUCUCCUGAACAUCGUGUUUACAAUUUGAUUCGAAAGAAGAGAUUUCAUGCGGCUUUGGAAUUUUCAAAAGCGUUUAGAUUGGAUGUCGAGUUUGUGUACAAAGCAAAGGCAAGUACUAUCUUAGCUGAUAUAUCAACAAAUAUAUCGGAAAGCGAUAUAAACCCUGAAGAUAAAUUCUUAUCAGUGGACCGACUUAUUGAUGACCUCGAAGAAACCCUCCAAAACAUACGCAGUAUUGAAUUUUGUGUUGAGUGCUGUCUGGCAGCUUCCCCUCCUGAACUGCAACAAGUUCAUAGGUUACUCUGUUUUGCCAAAGAUAAAAUCGGAAAGGUUUCUGGUAAGGAAAAGAACAACUACAGUAACGAAAUGAAUGAUGUUCUUUUUUCAAUACACCGGCUUGACACUUUUCAAAUGGUUUUUGGAGACUCCCAAUUCAGCGGCCAUAAGUGGCGUCAAUUUUCCACUGGAAGUAUGUUGAACAAAGUAACGCAAGCACUUAGUGAAGGAAAGUUAUCCAGUGCAGCUGUCAUUUGGUUACGCCACCAUACUGAAUUCGAAAUUGACUUUUCAUGCGAGAAGUUGCAAAAACUUUUGGCAUCUGUUAGAUCAGACUUACCAUCAUCGAGUAUAGUUUCAUGGCUGAAGUCGUAUCUAGUUCCUUUCGUCGUGUGUUCAGUCAAUGAUCGGGAUGCUUUGUAUGUUUUAGCUUCUUGGUUAGAGCAACGAGUGGUUUCGUUGGAAAUUGUCGAAAAGGAGGACUGGCCCAACAAUGGACUUGAUAUGGCAUCGCUUUUGUUUGAUGUUGUGUCGAAAUGCAAUGUUGAGAACAGCAACUACAUCAAUAUUCCAACACCAGUUAUUGUCAGCCAAGACUACGGAUCUGCUCUUGUAAAAGUAUCAAUGAAGGACAGUGAAUCUAACCCUGUCUCAUCUCUAGCACUACUGGUUGAACAUUUAACAGAGUUAAAGAAGCUUCAUAUCAAUUAUCACUGUAAACUUCCUUUGGCAGAGUUUACGAAGGAAACACCGAUCGGAAUUAUGUUCAAAAUGCUGGACUGUGUCCUGGCCGUCACUUUAAUUUCCAACGUCAUUAGCAACCAAAUUACCCAAUAUGGAGUUCAACAUGGUUUUCAAAUUGAUGAUGUUCUUCUGAAAUAUAUCAGUCACAAAACGAAGCAAGUUUAUUCUAGUUCGUCAAAUACCUUGUAUGAAGAUCGGUUUGUGGAAAUAACCGGAUGUAUCAAGACCAGAUCAAAACGGCUAGAAGCAAUUCUAAUGCUUAUGUCUUGGGCAUCAGUUCCUUGGAGCAGCACAAUUGAAGAAAUGGUUAGCAAAGCAAUGCACGCUAACCCAUCCAAUUCAAGUUUGAAGAUGAGCUAUUGCUUAAUGGAGAUCAAGAAGAUUCUCAGCCACUAUGGUAUUCGUGAUAUGGAAUUCUCUAGUGAUAUACAUCUCAAAAGCGUGGUUAAGUAUAUGCUUGGCACAUCACACAAGACCGCAUUAAAAGAUGCUUUGCGAAUUGUGGAAACCUAUCACUGCAUGUCUGAAGAAGAUAUUUAUGUCAUUAGGCUCAGAAAUCUGUGCUUGAAAGGUCUACCUGAUGAAUGUGCUCAGUUGCUGGUCGAUGUGGAUGAUUCGAAAGUUGUGUCUGUUGCCCAGUAUUUUCUCACAUGGGUGUCGCUUGUUGUCGAUGUUUAUGCGGACGACGAAGAUGACCGAAGUGAGCGCAAUUUGGUUUUGGAAGCUGGUGUUCAUACUUUGGAGUUUCUUCAAAACAUCUGUAAGAUUACAGAUGAUAUGAAAGUUACUCUCAAUACUUUGAAGAGCAUUCUUGCGCUUGAGAAAGAGUUUUCUAUAUUUGUAACCUAUCACGACUACAGCGACGUAGACAAGAGUAACGAGAUCCUGUCUGCCUAUCUAAAAAAGAGCGAUAUUCCCAUACAAAGAUUGAUCAAAAUGGAAGACGGCAAAGUGCAUGAUCUGGACAAAUUAUCGCGGUUAGGGAGUUUGUUUGGCUUAUCUCAUGUACAGUUGCAGAACAAAAUUAUGCUUCAGUAUAUUUUUGAUCAUCCGAAUAGUUUGAACUCAAGCACAAUGAUUAUUUAUAAUGAAUGGUUGAAGCAGAGUAUACAUGAGCUCUCAAGUGAAGACGUCUUUGCUCUUUGCAUGGCACUCUUGCAGCAACAAGUUGGCGAGGGUGAUAUCAUAUCUUCGACAGGUUUCAAUGUCCCAGAAAUGCUCUAUAGAUUGGCUUGUCGUGCAAUAACAGUUGGUGAAGCAGUCAACCUAAACGAUUAUUUGGAUUUGUGUAAAGUAUGUUGGCUCUCAGAAAUGCUCUACCUCAGUUGUGAAAGUGAUGAUCUUAGUUUGUCUAUAUCAGUUUGUGCGGAAGAUCUUCUGUUAUUGUGGAACAAUGGCAGUCGGUUUCGAGAUAAUGGUUUUGUUUUGGAUAGAAACGCUGCAUUUCCCCUUUACAACAGCUUUGUAAAGUCAGUUCUCCUGGUCAGCAAAAGCCCUACUGCAUGUUUGGAAAAUCUAACAAUCGCAUGUCGAGAUUUGGUUUUCUACUUGGAAGAGAACAAUCUCCACGAAUUGGCCUUACACUAUGCCAUGUUUUCGCUGCGCCAUCUUCUUGUUUUCACGUCACUGGACGAAGCAGCACACACGGAGAAAGAUGAUGCGGAACAAAACCAUAAAAUGGCGAUGCUACAUCAAAUGGGUGUACAUGGUGUCCAACACGUCUCUUCAAUGUUGCUUAAUCUUGUAUCCAAGGUUUUGCAUAGCAAUAAUAUCGACCACAGUAUAGCUCUUGGAUAUUUAAGCUCUAUUCCAGAAGACGCUGCUCUCCAGAAGUUAAAGAUUGACUUUGCUGUGGAUGAAGGACAUGAUGCAUCUCAGGCUAUUGCUGUUUUCAAGGUUUUACUGAGUUUUACCAAAAGCUUUUGCGACGAUAAAAUUGUCAAUGCUGUUAAAGAAUUGUACUCAGAUGCGUUAUGGCACGCCAAGCUCCAGAAGCUCGACAUCACUUGCGAAAAUCUGUUGAUUGGUAAGACAAAAGAAGUUAUGAAAGUACUCGAACUUUUGUUAGAAAAGCCUGGAGUCGAUGUAAAGGUCGUUAUAGAAUUUUGCAAGUCUUUUUCCAUAAAUAUGGACGAUACUUUGCAUACCUACAUUAAAUUUAAUUUAGCGGGAAGUAGGACAAUUUGUUCUCCUGGUGAUCCAACACUUCUUUGUGGCCCUUUUGGUGUAUCCAGCAGCGUCAAAGCAUUCCAGGAAAAUCUUGUUCAUGCACUCAACUGUAUGUCCAGUCAGUCAAAUGUGUCCAAUUUGUUAGCCUUGUUGAAAGAUGUUCUUCUCUCUCUUCCACUGUACGAUUACGAGCGACUGUUGGUAGUUUUAGAUGAAAUUAUCAAGUUUUCGAGCGGUGAAGAUAAAGACGUGUUUCAAAGACAGCUGGAAGUGUUGAAUAUUUUAACAAAAUACACACGAAUUGCCUCACCGUCCGAGUAUGAGGAACAUUUUCAAGUUAAAGAGUUAGGCUUUGGCGUGAAAGAUCAUGUUGUCCUCCCCAAAAGCUUAGCUGAGAAAAGAUUACCUUUUCAUCCACUGUUCUAUGGAAAGCCUUGGAAAAUUAUUGCACCUGAGUUGAAUGAUGAAACCAUCACGAAACUUCUUCGACUUUGCCAAAUUUUGAAGAUGCAAGAAGAUCAAGUAUAUGUCACGGCUGUCAACAACUUGAUCUCGCCCUGUUUGUUUGAAAAGCCUACAGAAGGAGGUGUGUCCAUCAAUCCUUUGGCAAGUAUUCACUUUGAAAAAGCAGCUGACCUUCUGUCUGCAGUGAAAAAUGCCGAGGUUGCAGUCAAGACGGAGUUAUCCCUGCUCUCCAGAUGGCCUCAAUGCGAAGAGAGAGUGACGGCAGCCAAUGCUUUGGUUGGGUUAGUCUUACAAUGGAAGUCAAAUUGCCAAGGUGACGAGUUACAAAUGGCAGAGAAAAUUUUCAAGACUUCGAAAGAUAUGUGCCAAGAAAUUGCUAUUCUACAUAUCCUGCAUUCCAACGGUGUAACAGACGAGGGUUCCCUUAACUUGAAACGAAAGCCCGUGAAGUUGAUCUUCCAUUUGUAUGAAACAUACGGCUGUGUAACUGAACAAAACCGACCAAAUGUUCACAAGAUUGUAGAUGAAGUUGCUGCUACAAGCAAUCUUAAUGUUACGAGAGUUCGUAAUCACCUUCUGAUGGAGUGGCAACCGUCGUCAUCGUCACGUAGUAUGAGAUCUCCGGAAGAUUCCACAGCUGAAAAGCGAGCAAAAGAUCAGGACAAUCUUAAGCGUGUGUUAUACCUUAUGCAGGCUGAUUCUGUGCAGAAGCAUGCCCUUUUCCUAUUGAAUUUUGCCUAUAGACAAGGCCUGUCCAAGAUAACAUACGAAAACCGAGUUAGAGCAAUGAAACUGCUCUUCAACAUUGCGUCGCAGGAAGUUAUUGAAUCUGUUGCCAAUGAAUCAAUCGAUAGCCUCAAGAAUUACAUGAAAUCCUUGGUUUAUCUUUCUGAAUUGGAACACUUGCAUUUAAGUAAAACCGUCGAGUCGUUUCAACGUUGCAACAAAGAAGGUCUCGUGAAAGGCCUUUGGAAGAAUCACAAAGAUAACGCUCAUGCAAUUUUACUGAUUGCUGAUAUAUGCUUGGAUUCAAAGAUUUCAGACCCACAGAUUUGGACGAAUAUUCUUCGACAACUCUCCAAUCUUGGCUUAACCACGUAUUUGGGUAACCUUCUACCACGUCUUACCCAAUUCCCAAACCUUUGGCAGACGUCUAACCUUAUGAAGAUAUGGACGGAUCUUGUAAUUCAGUCGCUACAGAAAGCUGUUUAUCCUUUAUCUUCUGAGGAAAAAAUUUUCUGCCAAACAUCCAUGCAGUUGUUGCAGAAAUGUCCUAUCAUGACAGAAGCAGUCACCUCAUUUGUGUUCGAGAAGUUAUUGGAACUUGGCAUGCAUUCAUAUGCACUUGCAUGCUUAACUUUGCUGCCACGAAAAAUGUUAUCUAGUAACCUAACGAAGCUGAUGUCUGUUACAACCCCAGAGAAAAUCUUGGACUUAAUAUCCAAAGAACGGGCUUUAGGUCAAUGUUUUGUUAACCCUGACGUUGCCCAAGCUCUUGUUUUUGACUUCCUUGACGCAUCAGGAUCGUACGAAUGUCUAGAAAAUUCGGAACACCAUUUGAAGUUUGCGGAUUACCUUAUCAGUAAGAAGAAAUUCACGGAGAUGGUCAUGACCAUGAUUAAGCGCAGCGAUCUUAAGGCAGCCAUAGAGUUAGCCCGACAUUACGAUAUGCAUGGUUCUCCUCUGAAAAUGAGUAGUUCACAUUUUCGUGCCACACCACCUGUAGCUGGUUUGCAUGAUUUAGUGGUCUUUUUGAAGAAAUUUGGAAUAUUGGAGGAAGCAGUCCCAUAUCUCCCUGAUUUUGACACGCCAGCUGAUUCUGACGAAAAGCCCCAGUUGGAUUCGGGUGAUUCUAAUAUUUUAGAUGAUGUUGACUUUAUUGAUGUCUUUUAAAAGCCAAACUUAAUGUGUUAUAUAUAUUAGUAUAUAUUUGUUGUUUAGGUUAAUUUUGCUGUAUAUCAAGUAUAACAACAAAGUAUGUAUAUUUUGCACGGCCCCACAAAACUAAAUGUUGGUAACACAAGUUCGACACAUUACGAUAAAAAUGUUACUUUAUUUACGUGAAAUAGGAAUUUAAGCUCACAUAAGUUCUGUCUUCGAGUUAUACAAACAGAUUACCAUUGGCAUUGACGUUAGAUACAUGUAGCGUGUAUAUUGCAAACAAGCUUUCGUUGGUAGGGAUGGAACUACCUGAAAAAUAUAAGGUGAAGGUCUCCUUAUAUUUUCAGGUAGUUGCAUCCCUACCAACGAAAGCUUGUUUAUGUUAUUGACACUAUACCUACACUAUAGCACAGACAUUUUAUGAUGUCACCUGCUUAAAACGCCAUUGUCGUUACUGCAAAGCCGUGCAAAAGUACUUUUGAAUUGUAAUACUGAGUAUAUGGCAAACAACAUAUUUUGUAGCGGUAGGCUGCAAUUGUUUAACUCAUGGCAUGUCUUCUGGGCACGAGACUUGGUUUUUGGCCACGAGACUUGGUUUUUGGCCGUUGUAUGCAGUGUUCAGAAAUAUUAAUGUAUAUAAUUAUGAAGUAACGCUUUUCAUAAAGAUGCCAGCCUGUUGUUUUUCACACAGGUCUCCUGCUUUUCAUUUGCUAAGAAUGAAUAGUAGCUAAGGGUGUUAUUUAUUUGAAGUAAAUUGGUGCUAAUCUACCCGCGGUGUUAGGACUAGGAGACCAAUUUGUGUUGUAUUUUUUGCAAAGACGCAGCAAGUCUUCAUGGUAUAUGAAAUGGCUGGAUUGAAGUGCC